ACCGAGCUGGGGGCGGGGCUGGCCGCGAGUGUGCGGGGCGCGGGGUGACAGGUGUGGCGGCGGCCUCGCGGGACCCGGGGCGACGGCAGCGGCGGCGGCCUGAAGCCUGAGGGGCGGAGACGCGGCGGCGGCGGCGAUGCUGGAGACCCUGCGCGAGCGGCUGCUGAGCGUGCAGCAGGAUUUCACCUCCGGGCUGAAGACUUUAAGUGACAAGUCAAGAGAAGCUAAAGUAAAAAGCAAACCAAGGACUGUUCCAUGUUUGCCAAAGUACUCUGCUGGUCUAGAAUUACUUAGCAGGUAUGAAGAUACAUGGGCUGCACUUCACAGAAGAGCCAAGGAAUGUGCAAGUGCUGGAGAGCUGGUGGACAGCGAGGUGGUUAUGCUUUCGGCACACUGGGAAAAGAAGAGGGCGAGCCUGGUCGAAUUACAGGAGCAGCUCCAACAACUUCCCGGCUUACUAGCAGAUUUAGAAUCCAUGACAGCAAACCUGACUCACUUAGAAGCUAGCUUUGAGGAAGUCGAAAACGACCUGUUGAAUCUGGAGGAUUUAUGUGGACAGUGUGAAUUAGAAAGAUACAAACAUAUGCAGUCCCAACAAUUGGAAAAUUACAAGAAAAAUAAGAGGAAGGAACUCGAAACCUUCAAAGCUGAACUCGAUGCCGAGCACACCCAGAAGGUCCUGGAAAUGGAGCACGCCCAGCAAGCGAAGCUGAAGGAGCGGCAGAAGUUUUUCGAGGAGGCCUUCCAGCAGGACAUGGAGCAGUACCUCUCCACAGGUUACCUGCAGAUAGCGGAGAGGAGAGAGCCCAUGGGCAGCAUGUCGUCCAUGGAGGUGAACGUCGACAUGCUGGAGCAGAUGGAUCUGAUGGACAUCUCUGACCAGGAGGCCCUGGACGUCUUCCUGAAUUCCGGCGGCGAAGACAACACGGCACUGUCUCCGGGCUCAGGGCCCGCCUCGGGGGUUGGUCGGCACGACAUCACUCUCCAGGUCCCAAGGGCCGCUGAAUCCCAAGUUGCGCGGCCUUCCUCGCCCUCCGUCUGCCCCGAGCUGGCUGCCCCAGCCCCCCACGACCGUGGCGAGUCCCCCAUUGUCCAGUCUGACGAAGAGGGCGUGGAGGUGGACACAGCCCUCGCCACGUUACACACGGACGACAGCGACUCCUAGGUCUGCACGCUCCUGCCGUCUGUGCCCUCACUGGGCAGGCGGGUGGUUCUUACCCAGUUUGCCAGUAACGUGUGAGAAACUAAGAACAGCUGACAAUAAAGUGCGUACGGAAGGGCUUCUAACCAGAUCCGUCCUUCAGGCCUUGGGGCAGGGAGGGCGGCUCGGGGCCCCACGGACCGCGGAGGGGCCUGCGUCCGGCAGGGCUGGGACAGGAACCCUACGUCCCUGGCUCGGCCCAGCGCGGAGGAGGAAGCCCUUUGGAGAGACUUAAGUCUGCGUCCUCCACAGUGAAGCCCGAGUCCGCUUGGGUUUCCUUCCCUCUGUGAGGACAAAAAUCAACACCCUACAACUGUCCCUACUUUAACAUGAGCACACACACCUGCGCCCAGAGGCGAAGGCUCCAACAUCCAGAUCACUUCUCUGUUCCUCCUCCUGUCAAGAAGCCGGCCACCCAGCGGGGCUCCCUUCAGCAGCGCGCCUGGUCUGGCCUGGCCUGCUGCUCGGCUGCUCGGCAAGGAAGAGGUCACAGCAGCCACGGGGGACCCG